UUCUACUAUAGAUUUCACAAAAGAGAGGGGGGGAGGGAGGAAUGGAAAACGACACAGAAGUAACAAGGUUUAUACUCUUGGGCUUGUCAAAUGACCCAAAGCUUCAGGUCAUGAUUUUUACCUUUCUGUUUAUCACCUACAUGCUCAGCAUCACUGGUAAUCUGACCAUUAUCACCCUUACCUUUUGGGAUUCUCACCUCCAGACCCCCAUGUAUUUCUUCCUCCGAAAUUUCUCUUUGUUGGAAAUUUCAUUUACAACUGUCAGUAUACCCAGGUUCUUGGGGACUAUUAUUACAGGGGAUAAAACUAUUUCCUUUAAUGAUUGUAUGGCUCAGCUAUUCUUCUUUAUUCUCUUGGGAGUUACAGAGUUUAAUCUUCUGGCUGCCAUGUCCUAUGACAGGUAUGUGGCCAUCUGCAAACCCCUGCAUUACACGACCAUCAUGAAUCAUAGAGUCUGCACACUGCUGGUCUUUGCUUCUUGGUUGGCUUCAUUCUUAAUCAUAUUCCCCUUAGUUAUGCUGUUCACGCAGCUUGAUUACUGUAAGUCCAAUGUUAUCGAGCAUUUUUCUUGUGAUUAUUUCCCCUUAUUACGUCUUUCUUGUUCAGACACCAAAUUCCUAGAACUAACAGGGUUUUCCUGUGCUGUGCUUACUCUACUGUUCACUCUGGCAUUAAUAAUUCUGUCUUACAUAUAUAUCAUCAGAGCAAUUUUGAGAAUCCCUUCUAAGAGUCAGAGGACAAAGGCCUUUUCCACAUGUUCUUCCCACAUGAUUGUCAUCUCCAUCUCUUAUGGCAGCUGCAUUUUCAUGUAUAUCAAUCCAUCAGCCAAAGACAGGGUAUCUUUGAGCAAGGGAGUAGCUGUGCUAAACACCUCGGUAGCUCCCAUGUUGAACCCUUUUAUAUACAGCCUACGGAAUCAGCAAGUCAAGAGAGCCUUCAUGGACAUGAUAAGGAAGAUUGCAUUUUUCUUAAGUAAAUAA